GCGAGAAGGAAAAAAAAAAACAGAAAAUAAUAAAAGGAAAAAAAAAAAAAAGAGAAUGUGAUUGGUCUUUCUCUCUCUUCUCUCUCCCGUCGAUUACCUCUGCAACUUCUCUCGAGCAAAACCCUAGCUUCAGGUCAAAUCUUAAUUAAGGUUUGUAGUUAGUCCCCAAGUUCUGAUUUUUACUGAUCGAGAUUACUGAACAAUGGAGGUCAAAACUUAAUUAAGAUUAAAUCUUGAUCACAAUGAGUGGUGCUAACGAGCAAACUCGAUCCGGCUCCGGCAACGCCAACGGCGAAGUCACUAUCGGGAUUCCAGACGAGCUACGUUGCAAGAGGUCAGACGGCAAGCAGUGGAGAUGCACCGCGAUGUCCAUGCCCGACAAGACCGUGUGCGAGAAGCACUACGUCCAGGCCAAGAAGCGCGCUGCUAACUCAGCCUCCCGCGCCAGCCAGAAGAAAGUGCAGAGGAGGAGCUCGCCGCCGUUAGGCGAAGCAGAUACUUACUCAGUCGAUGAUCAGCUCGUGAUCCCUCCUCCUAGCAGCAGCAACGGCGGCCACGCCUCUGGCUCCACCAAGUACGAUGGUGGUAUUAGAGAGAAGAGACACGAUAAAAUCAUGAGUAGGUACUUGCCUGAGACGCCUAUGAUGAGGGGCUUCUCUCCACGUGUCGCUGUUGAUUUGAACGAUGAGGUGGAUGGUGAUGAUGCUGGGAUGUUCGAAGAGAGCUAUAGAUCUUAUAGGACACCACCGUCUGCUGGUGUGAUGGAUCGGUCACGCGAGAGAUCUCACCAAAGCAUGAGUCCUAUGGAAUAUUCAGGAGAAAGCACAGAUGUCUCUGAAGAGUCUUUGGGGCAAACUUGUCAUCACUGCCUGAGAAAAGAUAGAGAGAGAAUCAUAUCUUGCCUCAAGUGCAAUCAAAGAGCCUUCUGCGACGCUUGUAUAUCGACACAGUACUCGGAGAUACCACUUGAAGAAGUAGAGAAAGUUUGCCCUGCGUGCCGUGGUCUGUGUGAUUGCAAACACUGCCUUCGUUCUGAUAAUACAAUAAAGGUUAGGAUCCAGGGAAUACCAGUUUUGCAAAAAUUGCAGUAUCUUUAUCGUCUGUUAUCAGCUGUCCUUCCAGUGAUAAAGCAGAUCCAUCUUGAUCAAUGUACAGAACUAGAGCUAGAGAAGAAGCUUCGUGGAGCUGAGAUUGAUCUUGUCAGGGCAAGACUGAAAGCUGAUGACCAGAUGUGCUGCAACGUGUGUCAGGUACCAGUUGUUGACUACUACCGUCGUUGUCCUAACUGCUCAUUUGACCUGUGCCUAAGAUGCUGUCAAGAUCUACGAGCUGAGAUUGGUGGGACUAGCCAAACCAUAGGAGAGAGAACAGGAGUUCCUAAACUAAAGCUGAACUUUUCAAACAAGUUUCCUGAAUGGGAAGCCAACGAUGAUGGGAGCAUCCCCUGCCCUCCUAAGGAACAUGGAGGCUGCGGCUCCAAGUCUUUGAACCUCGCUCGCAUUUUCAAGAUGAACUGGGUUGCAAAGCUUGUGAAAAACGCUGAGGAGAUGGUUAACGGCUGCAAGGUAUCUGAUCUUUGUAGCCCUGAACCGUGUGACAACUCUGUGUACAGCCCGUCACUUGAAACGGUUAGAUCUGAUGGAGUAGCUAGUUUUGAGAAACAAUGGUCAGAGGGUCGGAUUGUUGUUGUGAAAAGGGUGCUUGAUGAGUCGUCUCUCUCUGGAUGGGAUCCUGAGACUAUAUGGAGGGAUAUAAACGAGACUUCAGAACAUGAUCCUUUCUUGAAGGCUAUUAAUUGCUUUGAUGGGUCAGAGGUUGAGGUAAGGCUUGGAGAGUUUACAAAAGCAUAUAGAGAUGGAAGGAACCAAGAGACAGGUCUUCCGCUGACGUGGAGGUUAAAGGACUGGCCGAGCCCAAGUGCUUCUGAGGAGUUUAUUUUCUACCAGAGACCUGAGUUUAUCAGGAGAUUUCCGUUUCUUGAGUACUUACAUCCCCGGUUAGGCCUUCUGAACGUUGCGGCCAAGAUGCCUCAUUACUCGCUCCAAAACGAUUCUGGUCCAAAGGUUAUAGUGUCUUGUGGGACGUACAAAGAAACUGAUGGUGGUGAUUCGUUGACUAGUAUACACUACAGCAUGCGUGACAUGGUAUACCUCUUGGUGCACACACCCGAAGGAACAAAACUCGAAAGUGUGAGAGAGACAACAAAUCACGGUCCAAGAGAACCUGACGAGAAGAUGGGAGAGAAUGAGUCACUUGUUAGCCCUGAGGAAAAAUUAAUGGACGGAGAGUUACAUGAUCUAUCACUUGGUACACCCAAUACGGAGAAGAAUGAAUCUGAGAUGAUGUUGAGUGUGGAACCUUCUUGCACGUCUUCAUGUGCAGGAGGAGUCCAGUGGGAUGUCUUCAGGCGCCAAGACGUCCCAAAGCUGGCCGAGUAUUUGCAGAGAACGUUCCAGAAGCCUGAUGACAGUCUUAAAUGUGAUUUUGUGUCACGUCCGUUGUUUGAAGGAUUGUUCUUAAAUGAACACCACAAGAGACAACUAAAAGAUGAAUUUGGAGUUGAGCCAUGGACGUUUGAGCAACAUCGUGGUGAAGCUAUCUUCAUUCCAGCUGGAUGUCCGUUCCAGUUCAGAAAUCUUCAGUCAAACGUUCAGGUGGCACUAGACUUCUUGUGCCCUGAAAGCGUUGGAGAGUCAGCAAGACUAGCUGAAGAGAUCCGGUGUUUACCGUACGACCACAAGGCAAAACCUCAGAUUCUAGAGAUAGGGAAGAUAUCGUUAUACGCAGCUAGCUCAGCCAUCAAAGAGGUUCAGAAACUGAUCUUGAAUCCAGAAUCUGGAGCAGAGCUUGGUUUUGAGGACCCUAACCUAACUAAAGCAGUCUCCAACAACUUGGAUAAGGUAAUCAAGCGGCCGCAGCAAAUCAGCUGCACUUGAUGAGAACAAGAUUUGUAUAGUAGUAUUACCAUUGUUGUGACAUUAGUCUAAAACUACUAAUACUACGAUUCAGGAUUUGUAUGUAUCUGUGUAUAUGCUUUACAAAUGAUAUGCAUGAGCAAUCACUAUUCCACUUCAAUA